UCGAGAGACGAGAGUUCAAAGCUUCGAGGAGCUCACCGCCGGUGAUGGCCGCCGGCGAUCGGAAAUACUCGUGCGAGUCGGCGGCUGAAACUCGAGAAUGGAUGAACGCCAUUGCUGACUUCCUCCGCCCCUUCAAGCCCCUCGUCGAUGCUCACGUCGUCAACUUCUUCAAGGGUAGGCUUUGGGAGCUCGUCGAUGAGCAGUGGAUGGCGUGCCUCCGUAAAGAAUCGGUUGAGAAUCUUCUCAAUCUCCCCUCUGGUGUCAUUCAGGAUUACUGGCCACUGUCACUUCAAGAAUUUGUGAGAAAUUUGACGUCUCUUGUGUUACCUCGUGAGCAAGAAUUGUCUCAUCCGAUUUUCCCAAAUUUACGUGUUAGUUCACUUGGUAGUGUUCUCACUCAAGGCAUGAAUAUGAAGAAAAAGCACGAAGUGGAAAUUCUUGCUGCAGCUACUAAUGCUAUUGCUAGUGGUGUUGGAGCUCAAAAAAUUAUUGAUGUUGGUUCUGGUCAGGGUUAUCUGGCACAAGCGCUGUCUUUUCACUAUCAGCUUGUAGUCAUAGCAAUUGAUGCAUCUUUACAUCAUGCUGAUGUAACAAAUGCACGGGCAGAGAGAAUUAAAAAGCACUAUGCAGCCAAAUUGCGCAAGUCUCAACAAGGAAAUGUACAUAUGAAAGUGCCACAAACUGUCACCUGUCAUGUUCUUUCUAGUGAAACACUGACUACCAUGAGUAGCACUUCAUCUGAUAAAGAAUAUGUUAAACAAUCUAGUGAUGGUUCUGGAAAAAGCACAGAAAUAAACGCUCUGGAAAGCUCAAAAGCAGGUAGAGGAAGCACCUUGUGUAAUCAGGUCACUCCUUUGGUUCUUGUUGGGCUUCAUUCUUGUGGAGACCUUUCUGUGAACAUGCUCAGGUCCUUUGUGGAAUGCGAGCAAGUGAAGGCACUUAUCUGUAUUGGCUGUUGUUACAACUUACUAUCAGAAGAAUGCUCUAUGAAAUUUGAUGUCCCUUGUGGUUUUCCAUUGAGUAAUUUUGCUAAACCUGCCGGUAUGAAGCUUGGAAAGAAUGCACGUGAUCUUGCUUGUCAGAGUGCUGAGAGAUGGAAAUGUCUCACUAAAGAUGCUGCUCUUCAGAAUUUUGAUCUACAUGCAUUUCGUGCUGCCUUCCAAAUGGUUCUUGAUAAGCAUUAUCCUGAAACUCUGAAAUUGAGUCCAACAAUUGGUCGACAAGGUAAAGCUCUACGUCGGCGAUUAUUAAGGAGAAAUCUAGCAUCCCAGUUGGAUGUAAAAGAAGUUGAUUGUUCUGCAAUUACUCCAGAAAUGGCUUUUCAAGGAAAAAAAAGUUCAUUGGCACAGAAUUCUAGUGAAGUUGAAGUCAUUAAUCAUCUUCACAAUCACCUAGUACCAGAAGAUGGGCCAUGCACUAUGUCUGGCCACGGACAGUCAUCACAGUCCUGUGCUUGUUACAACAAUAAGUGCGAUUUUAUUUGCUCAUCAGCAAAGGCUCAUAAAGAUGUGCUUUUUGAAGAAUUUGUCAAGUCUGGACUAGAUCAUCUUGGCUUCAGCCUUGCGCAGAAUAUCAACGUAUUUGAGAUUUGGAAGGAAAUUCGACCUUACACUGAACUUGUUGGUCCUUUCUGGUCUCUUAGGGCAUCACUAGGCCCCCUGAUUGAAACUUAUAUUCUGCUUGAUAGGUUAUUAUUCCUUCAAGAGCAAGGUGAAUCAGUGCAAGCAUUUCUCAUCCCUCUGUUUCAUCCUACCAUCUCACCUAGGAAUAUGGCAAUAGUUGCUUGGAAAACUGGCUCAGAUACAAUGUGGACAUAAUGUGGUAGUUGUAUCUUUUUUACAGUCAGCUGGCCAGGUCAUUCUGUGGUAUUAAAGGUGUGACAAUAUGGUAAGCAGUCUGCGUAUUUUCUGCUGAGACAUCCCCCACAUGAUGGCUUAUAUCAGUCAGUUCAUGUGCUAUAACUUCACUAGGAGAAAUGUCAAUGAGAUCACUCAGGUCUUAGACAUAAAAUGUCGGGCAUGCUGUUUGCUAUUGUUAGAGAUCACAAUGAUGGACUUUUAAGAUGUUCACUAUGUAAAUGGCAGCAUGAUAUUACCUGGGAAUAUUCUGAGGGCUUUCUUUUUGCAACACUAAAUUAAAUAAUGUGAUUUAGAUAUUUCUAUCUCAAUUUUCCGAACUCAACCAACCUUUGAUAAUCUCAACUUUAUUAUCAAUUAGGGCGUUUAUGGUUCUCUAAAGAAAAAUGGAAAAAUAAAACAUUAGAUGCAUAAAAAACUUAGAAGCACCUCUAACACUUCCUAAUUUCAGAAGGAACACUUGGAUGACCCAAUUGUGCAUAUAAAGUUAUAUUGCUUCAUUUUCUAAGAAGAAAAAUUGACAUCUUGCAUUGAUGUUCAGCCAACCCACCAGUAGAUUAUGCACAUCUU